UUAUUUUGGAAGGGUGUCUAAUAUUCAUAAAUAAAUCAGGGUUUUUUUCUCCAUCUGUUAAAUAAUUAAAUAUAUAGGGAAAAAUAAAGAUUUGAAACCAACUCUGAGUUAAGAAGAGAGCAAAGCUGCAGGAUCUCAUCAUCAUCAUCAGUAGAUCCUGAUAAGUCUGGGGAGUUUUGAAAUCUUAUAUUUUCAUGCGUUUUAUAUGCAUUUGAACAUAUUUUUGUUGUUAUUUUUUUGGCUAACCCUGACAUUCAUUUACUACAAACGGGUUGGUGCGUCUGGGAGUUGGCGCGCGCGCGUCAAGGGGUUAACUUGUGUGGCGCGUGAGGCGCGGCUGGUUGGCUGUUUGCGCUCGGCUGCAGCUGGUUGGUUGGCCUCCCGCUGCGGCUUUGCGCUCGUGUACGAGGCGGCAGCGCAGCCACAGCGCCGCGGCAGCGCAGCCACACAGGAGCUCCGAGGUGGUGUCGGGGAGAGGAUGCGCGCGCGGGUAUGACCGCGCUCACACUCGCGUGCUGCUGCUGCUGACUGUGAGAGCAGGAGGAGAACAUCUCCUUCAUGAACGGCGCUCAUGGAGAACCCGACGGAGAACCCGAGCAAGGCUGUGGAGUAUCUGAAAGAGCUGAACAAGAUCAUCGAGACCCAGCAGGGGCUUCUGGACAAGCAGAGGGUCCGGAUCGAGGAGCUGGAGCUCCAGGUGGCGGAUCUGUGCCAGGAAAACGCAUGUCUGAAGGAGCAGCAUCAGCGGCACCUGGCCGCCUGCAGACUCCAGCAUGGCGCGCUGGGGGCCAUCAAGGAGAACAUCGCACCAGAAAAGGAACUCACCUCAUCACCUGCUCAAGCCUCUGAAAUCCCUCUCAUCCUCACCGCUCCUCCACGCAAAAGGAAUUAUCGCAAAUGGAAGUCUGCUUCUUUUGGGCCAGACUCAGAGGAGCUCGGCUCAGCAGUGGCUUACAGGCACCACCAUCAAUCUGUGGAAGGCGAUGGCCCAGGCUCUGAGGUUGGCACCUCUGUUGACUCCAGCAGCUGCUACGGUUACGUCCCAGUGACCCACCGAGGUGGACUUGGUCCUGAGCGCCUCGAUAAUCAGCUCUACGGGCAGAUUCUGCUGCCGGGACACCCUCGCCCCCGCAGGUCAAAGCUACAGCACUCCCAGUCCAUCCUCCGAAAGCAGGUAGAGGAAGAAGCCAUCAAGCGCUCCCGCUCGCUGUCAGAGAGCUAUGAGCUUUCAUCUGACCUUCAGGACAAACAGGUGGAGAUGCUAGAGCGUAAAUAUGGUGGGCGUUUCAUAACUCGGCAUGCUGCACGCACCAUCCAGACGGCCUUCCGCCAGUAUCAGAUGAACAAGAACUUUGAACGUCUUAGAAGCUCUAUGUCCGAGAACCGCAUGUCCAGACGGAUUGUUCUAUCCAAUAUGAGAAUGCAGUUUUCCUUUGAAGGACCUGAGAAAUUCAACAGCUCCUAUUUUGAGGGGAAGCAGGUCUCACUGACGGAUGGAGGCACUGCAGUCGGAGCACUUGUUCAGUCGGAUCAUGAUGGGGAAAGGGGCCAGUCGAAGACCUCAACUACACAAAGCGACUUCACUGAUGCCAUUACAGAACUAGAAGAUGCCUUCUCCCGGCAGGUGAAGUCUUUAGCUGAGUCUAUUGACGAUGCUCUAAACUGCCGCAGCUUGCAUGGUGAGGACAGUCAGCCAGAGCAAAGGAGAAGAAACAAGGAUAUGGACAAACAGGUUGAGGCUUCUCAGAGUUCCCCUGACAGGUGCAAACUGGAGGAGAUGACGGCAUCUUAUAGCGACGUUACCCUGUACAUUGAUGAAGAGGAAUUAUCACCACCCCUGCCUCUUUCUCUGUCAGUAGACCGACCCUCCAGCACAGAAUCUGACCUGCCUCAGCGCUCCCUUAACUCUUCCCAAGAUUACUGGUCCCUCGUUCACAAGGAUGACAAGGGAGACACUGAUACCAGCUGCCGCAGCACACCUUCCUUAGAAUGCCAAGAGCAGCGUCUUCGGGUCGAACACCUACCCUUGUUGACCAUCGAGCCUCCCAGCGACAGUUCGGUGGAGUUGAGCGAUCGUUCUGAUCGCAGCUCUUUGAAGAGACACAAUGCGUACGAGCGAAGCAACCAGCAAAGUAGCCCCAAACACGUCAGCCACAGCCUACCACCUCGAGGACCUUCCAGAGAGGAAGGUCACCGACCCCGACAGCUGGACCCUCACGUGGUGGUCAAUGGCACCCCAAACCGGCAGAGCAAGUCUGAGUCAGAUUUCUCCGAUGGUGACAAUGACAGCAUCAACAGCACAUCGAACUCCAACGACACGAUCAACUGCAGCUCUGAGUCUUCAUCGAGGGACAGCCUGAGGGAGCAGACGCUCAGCAAGCAGACGUACCACAAAGAAACCCGCAACAGCUGGGACUCCCCUGCUUUCAGCAACGACAUCAUUCGCAAGAGACACUACCGCAUCGGCCUAAACCUCUUCAACAAAAAACCAGAAAAGGGCACCCAAUAUCUGAUAGACCGAAACUUUGUUCCCGACACCCCGGUGGGGGUGGCCCACUUCCUGCUCCAGCGGAAAGGCUUGAGUAGGCAGAUGAUUGGCGAGUUCCUGGGAAACAGACAGAAGCAGUUUAACAGGGAUGUUCUCGACUGUGUGGUGGAUGAAAUGGACUUUUCGGCCAUGGAGCUGGAUGAAGCUCUGCGCAAGUUCCAGGCGCACAUCAGGGUGCAGGGAGAAGCCCAGAAGGUUGAACGGCUGAUAGAAGCCUUCAGCCAGAGAUACUGCAUCUGUAACCCUGGAGUGGUGCAGCAGUUCAGGAACCCAGACACCAUCUUCAUCCUGGCCUUUGCAAUCAUCCUCCUUAACACUGACAUGUACAGUCCCAACGUCAAGCCUGAGAGGAAGAUGAAGUUGGAUGACUUUGUUAAAAACCUGCGAGGCGUUGAUGAUGGGGAGGAUAUUCCUCGAGAAAUACUAGUGGGGAUAUACGAGCGUAUUCGCAAAAGGGAGCUUAGGACUAAUGAAGAUCAUGUGUCCCAAGUUCAGAAAGUGGAGAAACUGAUUGUUGGAAAAAAGCCGAUUGGCUCUUUGCACCAAGGGCUUGGCUGUGUGCUGUCGCUGCCCCACCGGAGACUGGUCUGUUACUGCAGACUGUUUGAAGUUCCUGAUCCCAACAAACCCCAAAAGCUGGGUCUACAUCAGAGGGAGAUCUUCCUCUUUAACGACCUGCUGGUGGUUACAAAGAUCUUUCAGAAGAAAAAGAACUCUGUGACUUACAGCUUUCGGCAGUCUUUCUCGCUUUAUGGCAUGCAAGUGCUGCUGUUUGAAAAUCAGUAUUAUCCCAACGGAGUUCGCCUGACCUCAGCCAUUCCAGGGGCGGACAUCAAAGUCCUCAUCAAUUUCAACGCACCAAACCCUCAGGAUCGCAAAAGGUUUACAGACGAUCUGCGAGAGUCGAUCGCAGAAGUCCAAGAGAUGGAGAAGUACCGGAUAGAAUCUGAACUGGAAAAGCAGAAGGGCGUGGUGAGGCCGAGCAUGUCCCAGAGCUCAGGCUUAAAAAAGGACACUGGGAACGGCACCCUGAGCCGAGCCAGCCUCGAUGACAGCUACGCCAUUGGAGAAGGCCUGAAGAGGAGCGCCCUCAGCAGCUCACUGCGCGACCUCUCGGAUGCAGGCAAGCGUGGAAGACGCAGCAGUGCAGGAUCUCUAGACAGCAAUCUGGAAGGCUCCAUCAUUAGCAGUCCUCACAUCCGGCGCCGAUCCCCCUCCAGCCGAGACUGUCCGUCCCGACACAGUGGCCACUCCCUGCCCAGCUCCUCCUCCCUGCUGGGCUCCUUGUUUGGCACCAGGCGGGUGAAGUCACCAAGCCCCACCCCCCAGCUGCCACAUCCUGCCCUCAUGGCCCACUCCCCCCACCCUCUGAAUCUGCACCACGCGGCCCGAGUGGAGACGGACUCGCCGGCCCCCAUGAUCCCGCACAACGCCCCGUUCUGCCACAUGGGCCAGAACCCCCCACCUUACCACCACCACCACCACUACCACCCGCCGGCCCACCUGAAGCACCCGCCGCACCAGUACCACCCGCCGCCCCCCCACAACCAGCAGCUACCUUACCCUCACUCGCAGCACAGCCAUGGAGGCCACUCGACACACCCCCCACAUCCAGGUCACGGCCCCCACCUCCACGGCCCCUCACCCCCACCGCCCCCCUCUCAAGGCUCCAGCAACAGCAAGUCCAAGCACAGCGGCAUCAGUACAGUGGUGUGAGGGGCACCGACCUCUGCCCCUGAACUAUGGGGGGUUCUGCUGCUCCACCUCAGCACUCUUGGUUACACAUCUGGGGGGGGCACAAACUAUCUGCUGUGUUGCAGAUCACGUCUUUUCUUUCAGGUCGUGUCUGACUGCUUCAGGAGCAGGAACGGGGGGUUGAGCACAGACCACGAGCACUGUGGGAAUCAAAUGAAUGCUGCGUGUGCUUUACAGGAGAAACCUCAGACUGGUUUGGUCCUGGGGGGGGUGCUGGUCCGGUCGGCCCGGCAGGAGCCGAUUGUUUCUUGUAGCAGUAGCUUUCGUUCACUGUGAUUCUGGUAGCAGUUUUAAAUGUGCCAACUAUCCGAGCAUUAAUAAAGUAGCCACAGAAACUGCUUCACGUGCAUCAUAUUUUUGUAAGAUAUAGAUAUCACAGCUAUGAUUAUUGAUGAACAAACACCAUCGAUUCCAGCUCAGUAUUCCCACUCGCGCAGGUGUAGGAAGCUUUUCACGCUUUUCUCUGAAUUCCAGUUUUCUCCUGGUUGCCUUUGAGGUGGAGCAGUUUCUGCUCCCGUCUCUGGAUAAUAGAAGCCACAAAAAGUGGCGAGCAGACAGACUUCUUUUUCUUCUUCACCCGUCAGUCCUGCUGCUUUAUUUUUGGGUAUUUGGUCUCUGGCUGUUGGGUAGCAUGGAACCGAAGGGGUUUCAGCCAGUGAAUGUGAGCAGGUCACACAGGAACACUUCAGAGACACCACAGUGCAAACUCUGCUUUUAUCAUUCAUGUUAGAAUCCGUUUUAUAUCAGUCAUUUCCUCGUUUGAAGAGGUGGCUGGAGGCCGUCCUCUGCACGUGGACCUGUGAUGUGCUGCAGCACCUUUCCUUUCAGAAGUGAUUUAUUUAGUCAUCUGCAAAAAAUGUGUGUGUGUUUUGAAUUGUGCAAUAUGUAAUAUUGGUUUUUAUUUUUUUGUUGAUUGCUUCAGUUUGCAAACCAUCCCCACCUCUAAAUUGUUGCAUGGCAUUUCCUUCUCAAUGAAGCUAUAAAGUCCAAUAAUUUCGAACAUGUAAAUGUGUGCAUUUAAUGACCCACUCCAAUGAAAAUGGGUAUUUUUGACAUGUUAUUGUGGUAUUUUUCUCAUUAUUGAGGACAUAUAUAAAGAAAAUUAAGAUUAAAGGUGCAUUUCUGAUCAA